AUGACCACCUCCUCUGCGACCCAGGCUCCUAUUGCCCAACAUACUGCCAACCUGGGCUCUAUUGCUUCACACGGCCCUCAAUCUCCUCUGCACCACCGCCCAAAGCACACUCAUGCUACUGCCCAUGUUCCCAAUCGCUCUGCCCACUACGACACCUCCCUCUCCAUCCCUGCACGAAAGUACCUCCAGACGUACGGUCUGACUCCGCCUCGUGCUGAGAGUUAUGAGGUGCAAAAGAAGAGAUGCCUUGCACAAUUGGCUCUGAAGAGCACUGAUAUUGAGAGGUUUCUGUAUCUGAGCACCCUUCGAUACAACAAUGUCCAUCUGUUCUACAGACUCUUGACCGACCACUUCACCGAGUUGACCCCCUUGGUUUAUACUCCCACUGUCGGAGAGGCAUGCCAGCGAUGGUCUGAAAUUUACCAACAGCCAGAGGGCAUGUACCUCAGCUUCGAGGAUCGAGGCCACCUAGCGAAUAUCAUCCAAAACUGGCCUCAGUCCAAUGUCGAAAUCACCGUGGUGACUGACGGCUCCAGAAUUCUGGGCCUCGGAGAUCUCGGUGUUGGAGGUAUGGGUAUACCCAUUGGGAAAUUGGCUCUGUACACUGGCUGUGCAGGCAUUCGACCUGAAGGCACGCUCCCCUUGACCGUCGAUCUGGGAACGGGUAACAAGACACUCCUCGAAGACCCUCUCUACAUGGGCAGCCGUCGGGGGAAAGUAACUGCCGAGGAGGAGAAGGAGUUCUUGGACGAGCUCAUGGCCGCGUUGAAAGAACGUUGGCCCGAUAUUGUCAUCCAAUUUGAGGAUUGGAAGAACCCUUUCCCCUCGUUGGAACGAUAUCGUCAUGACUAUGCCAUGUUCAACGAUGAUAUCCAAGGAACCGGAGCUGUCAUCAUGGGCGGCAUUAUUGGUGCUGUCAAGCAAUCCGGUGUUGACCCCAAGGACCAUCGUGCUGUCUUCCUCGGCUCCGGAUCUGCCGGCGUUGGCGUUGCCAAACAAAUCGUCGACUAUUUCAUGCACGAAGGACUCACCGAGGAACAAGCCAAGAACUGCUUCUGGCUGGUAGACAGCAAAGGGCUCGUCACCUCAGAUCGCGGAGAUACACUUGCCGAACACAAGAUUUAUUUCUCCCGUACCGACAAUGAUGGCCAACAGUUCAAGACCUUAGAUAAGGUGAUUGAGUACGUCAAGCCAACCAUCAUCAUGGGUCUUAGCACCAUAGGUGGGGCCUUUACCCCGGAGAUCCUCCAGAAGAUGGGCAAAUGGAACAACCGACCAAUCAUCUUCCCCCUCUCCAACCCAUCCUCCAAGUCCGAAUGCACCUUCGAAGAGGCCAUUUCAAACACCGAUGGCCGUGCUCUGUUUGCUUCAGGCUCACCCUUCCAUCCGGUCACUUACAAUGGCAAGAUGUACCAUCCGGGUCAGGGGAACAACAUGUAUGUUUUCCCCGGUAUCGGACUAGGAACCAUCCUGUCCAAAUCGGUCCAAGUGACCAGCAACAUGAUUUAUGCUUCCGGAGAAGCAUUGCCGACCAUGAUCACUGAGGAAGAGAAAGACCUGGCCCUGUUGUACCCUGCAAUCACGCGCAUUCGGGAUGUUAGUGCCAGAGUAGCUCUGUACGUUAUCCGAGCCGCACAAAAGGACAAUGUGGACAGACUGCACUCCCUCCGUGACAUGGACGAUGCCACAUUAGAGGCAUGGAUCAAGGACAAGAUGUACGACCCUCACAAGGAGACAGAAGAGAUUGAAAGCGAACUUCGCGACAUCGUCCAAGAUUUGGGCAUGAGCUCACCAAGAUUGUAA